CUGGAAUUUGUGGAUAAUUUAUCAAAAUGGCAGAAAGUAGUGAAAAUACUAGCAAAAAUGUAGAUGUAAGGCCCAAAACUAGUCGAAGUAGAAGUGCUGACAGAAAGGACGGGUAUGUGUGGAGUGGAAAGAAAUUAUCUUGGUCAAAAAAGAGUGAAAGUUGUUCAGAUGCUGAAACAGUGAAUGCUAUAGAGAAAACUGAAGUUCCUUUAAGGAGCCAAGAAAGGAAGCACAGCUGUUCAUCCAUCGAGUUGGAUUUAGAUCAUUCCUGUGGGCAUAGAUUUUUAGGCCGAUCUCUUAAACAGAAACUGCAAGAUGCCGUGGGGCAGUGUUUCCCAAUAAAGAAUUGUAGUGGUCGGCACUCUUCGGGGCUUCCAUCUAAAAGGAAAAUUCAUAUCAGUGAACUCAUGUUAGAUAAGUGUCCUUUUCCACCUCGAUCAGAUUUAGCCUUUAGGUGGCAUUUUAUUAAACGACACACUGCUCCUAUAAAUCCCAAAUCCAGUGAGUGGGUAAGCACAGACUUGGCUCAGAGUGAAUUGAGGGAUGGUCAGCUAAAACAAAGAAGAAAUGUGGAAGAAGAGGUGAACUGCUUCUCACAUACUGAUGUUCAGCCCUGUGUCAUAACCACCAACAAUGCUUCAUGUAGAGGUGGUCCUGUGACUGCCUCUGUGAUGAACCUGGUUUCAAAUAACAGUAUAGAAGAUAGUGAUAUGGAUUCAGAUGAUGAAAUUAUUACACUUUGCACAAGUUCCAGAAAAAGAAACAAACCCAAAUGGGAAAUGGAUGAAGAAAUCCUGCAGCUGGAAACACCUCCUAAGUACCAUACCCAGAUUGAUUACGUCCACUGUCUUGUACCAGACCUCCUUCAGAUCAAUAACAAUCCAUGUUACUGGGGAGUUAUGGAUAAAUAUGCAGCUGAAGCUCUACUAGAGGGAAAACCAGAGGGUACCUUUUUACUUCGAGACUCAGCACAGGAAGACUAUUUAUUCUCUGUUAGUUUUAGACGCUAUAGUCGUUCUCUUCACGCUAGAAUUGAACAGUGGAAUCACAAUUUUAGCUUUGAUGCACAUGAUCCUUGUGUCUUCCAUUCUCCUGACAUUACUGGGCUCCUAGAACAUUAUAAGGACCCAAGUGCCUGUAUGUUCUUUGAACCACUUUUAUCCACUCCUUUAAUUCGGACUUUCCCUUUUUCCUUGCAACAUAUAUGCAGAACAGUUAUUUGUAACUGUACAACUUACGAUGGCAUUGAUGCCCUUCCAAUUCCUUCUUCUAUGAAAUUAUAUCUGAAGGAAUAUCACUAUAAAUCAAAAGUUAGAGUACUCAGGAUUGAUGCACCAGAACAACAGUGCUAG